AUGAUCCACAUCCUCCUGUCAUCAAGCGUCCUGUCCUUUGGCCUCGUCCCUGCGAUUACGAGAUCGAGCCGGCUCAGACGACUGCGCCCUGUGUGCGACGUUUAUGCAUCGGUCAGCGAUCGCGAGGUUGCCGAGUUGCUGUGCGAUGCAUCCGCCGACGAUUGCGACGUGGCCGAGUUGGAGCAACGGCCGAUGAGGCUGCCGCCUCCGCGCACUCCUACCCGCGCGGGCUACGUGGCGGACCCUUCCCUCGUGAGCUGGGCUCCCUUUACAUACGCGGAGCCGUAUGUGCGGCGGUCUGCUGCACGCGAUUACGCAAGAACCACCCUCUCGAAGCUGCCACCGCUGCCGCCCCUCCGGGUUGUACUCAUGGGUGGCGUAGCGGCCGGCAAAGGAACCAUCGCGCCGAUGCUCUCGCAGGCCUUUCGGGUGCGCUGCAUCGGCGUCGGCGAGCUGCUCCGCGGCGAGACGCGGGCGCGGCGAGCCCGCGGCGUGGAGGCAUCGCAUGUCAUGGCUGCUGGCGUGCUCCUCCCCGACGAGCUGGCGGAGGCGUUGGUCGGCGGUAGCUGGGCCGAGCUGCGGCCGGAUGCGGUCGUGUUGGUGGAGCGGCCAGACGAGCUGGCGCGAGAAUUUGCGCUCGGCCGCUGCUGCGAUUCGGCGACGGGGCAGACGUACCACCCAGUCUACGCGCCCGCGCCCGCCGAGAUCUGCGAGCGGCUCGUGUGGCGCGUCGACGACACGAGCGACGCGCUCAACCGGCGCCUCUCGGACCACAAGCGGUCAGUCGAGGCGAUCGUGGGCGUUUUCGAGAGCGCGGGCAUACCGCUGCGCCGCUUCGACAACGCGCGCAGCGAGCUCGAGACGUUCGGCGAAGUUGCGGAAUUCCUCCGGAGUGUGGCCAUGGGGAAGCUCGAGGCUGCGCGCAGCGAUUUGGCGGGCGGGAGGGGGAGGAAGAUGAGCUUGGAUGAGGUGGGGGCCGCGAUGCAGCCUUCGCCGGCGGACCCGGCCGACGUGGCGCCCUACUGCUUCCUCGACGAGGACGAGGAGGAGUGCCUCUCUCGCUUCCAGCGCGAGCGGCGGCGCAGCGCGCCCGACGACGUCGACGCAUUUUGCGGCGCCGGCGAGUCAGAGGGCGAGUGCGUCAUCCGGUACAAGGAGGAGGCGGGGCGUGGGGAGCUCUUGGCGGCGGUGCAGCGGUGCAACUCGUACGCGCUUCGCGAGUUCACGCCGCUGCUGGUCGGCGACGAGCAGGUCGGCUGGCUCAACCCGACAGUUCUCGAGGAGCGGUCGGAGUUUGCGGCCGCGCUUGAGCUAGUGGAGGACGGCGUCAUCCCGCGCUCCAAGCUGCGGCACGAGCUGCAGGACGUGCACCCCUUCUCGGCCGGAUUCGUCGCCGCGGGCGGCGGCGUGGCGCCGGUGCUCCGCAUGGAGCGCGCCUCGAUGAUCUAUUUUGGAGUGCCGUCCUACGGUGUGCACGUGAAUGGGUGGGCGACCUACCCCGGGCUGCUCGACCAGAUGGUCGCCGGCGGCCAGCCCACGGCCCUCACGUUCGACGAGAACGUGCGCAAGGAGUGCGAGGAGGAGGCGAGUCUACCGCCGGAGGUGAUCGCCGCCAUCGAGCCGGCCGGGUCAGUGUCGUAUCGGUAUGCGACGCCCAAGGGACUGUCGACCAAGGUGCUGAUGACCCACGACGUCGAGAUGCCGCAGGGGCUGCAGCGCGUCGCUCACCUUGCGCUCACGUCCCGCUUUCAGCCUUUAUGCUCCGACGGCGAGGUGGAGCAGUUCCGCCUCCUGCCCAUCGCCGAGGUCCUGCGCUCGCUGCGGGAGGAUUUGCCGGUGUGGAAGCCAAACUCUGCGCUCGUCGCGAUUGACUUUCUCGUUCGGCAUCGCCUCGUGAGCGAGUCGGAGCCAGGCGUCGCGUGCACCCCAGACGCAGUGACAAAAUAUGAUAACAUUUGA